AUCUCAAUUCUCAAAAACUUCCCGUUCCCCCUCCUUCUCCUCCUCCUUUCUCUUUGUUAAUUUAUAUUAUCAGUUUUUUCAAGUCUUGAAGAUGCCUCCAGUCUUGCCGGAAUUCUCCAACUCAGUUAGGCUCAAGUACGUGAAACUUGGGUAUCAAUAUCUUGUAAAUCACAUUCUCAUCUUCGCUCUCAUACCUGUGAUGGUUGCUGUCUCGAUCGAGCUUCUCCGUUUAGGCCCUGAUGAGAUUCUGAAACUCUUGAAUUCUCUUCACUUCGACCUUGUUCAAAUCCUCUGUUCUUCAUUCCUCAUCAUUUUCAUCGCCACCAUCUACUUCUCCUCCAAGCCUCGCACCAUUUUUCUUGUUGAUUACGCCUGUUUCAAGCCUCCGGUGACAUGUCGCGUUCCUUUCUCCACCUUCAUGGAACAUUCCAGGCUCAACCUCAAGGACAGCCCGAAGAGCGUCGAGUUCCAAAUGAGGAUUCUCGAACGUUCCGGCCUCGGUGAAGAGACAUGCCUCCCGCCGGCGAUUCAUUAUAUUCCUCCCAAGCCCACCAUGGAAGCCGCCAGAGGCGAGGCCGAGCUAGUUAUAUUCUCCGCCAUGGAUUCACUGUUUGAGAAAACCGGCCUGAAACCUAAGGACAUCGAUAUUCUCAUCGUGAAUUGUAGUCUGUUCUCUCCGACGCCGUCGUUGUCGGCGAUGGUGAUUAACAAGUACAAGCUGAGGAGUAAUAUCAAGAGCUUCAAUUUAUCGGGGAUGGGUUGUAGCGCGGGGUUGAUCUCCAUCGACUUGGCUCGUGAUCUUCUUCAGGUGCAUCCGAACUCGAACGCCGUCGUGGUGAGCACGGAGAUUAUUACUCCGAACUAUUACCAAGGGAACGAGAGGGCCAUGCUUCUGCCGAACUGCUUGUUCAGAAUGGGCGGCGCGGCUAUACUGUUGUCGAACCGGAGGUCGGAACGCCGGCGAGCCAAGUACAGAUUGGUCCAUGUGGUUCGAACCCACAAGGGAGCCGAUGAUAAAGCGUAUAAGUGUGUGUUUGAAGAGGAGGAUAAAGAAGGGAAGGUGGGGAUUUCACUGUCCAAGGACCUCAUGGCUAUAGCAGGUGAAGCUCUGAAAUCGAACAUCACAACCAUGGGGCCUCUGGUUCUGCCAGCUUCCGAGCAGCUUCUCUUUCUUCUCACUCUGAUCGGCCGGAAAAUCUUCAAUCCCAAGUGGAAGCCAUACAUUCCUGACUUCAAGCAAGCCUUCGAGCACUUCUGCAUCCACGCCGGCGGCCGAGCCGUCAUCGACGAGCUGCAGAAGAACCUCCAGCUGUCGGCGGAGCACGUGGAGGCCUCCAGAAUGACUCUGCACCGCUUCGGCAACACGUCGUCGUCGUCGCUCUGGUACGAACUGAACUACAUCGAAUCCAAAGGGAAGAUGAAGAAAGGAGACCGAGUAUGGCAGAUUGCGUUCGGAAGUGGGUUUAAGUGUAACAGUGCAGUGUGGAAGUGCAACAAAAGCAUCACGCCGGUGGACGGACCUUGGGCCGAUUGUAUCGAUCGCUACCCUGUUCAUAUUCCCGAGAUCGUCAAGCUCUGAGAAGAAGAAGAAAAGUUUCACUACUUUGACGAUAGUGGUCUGCUUUAAUUAAUAUAAAAUAUAUAUAUAUGCUUUUCCUUUUUUUUUAUUUUCCGUUUUUUAAAAGGCGGAAAAAAAACCAUGAGGGAUUUCUUUGUGAAUUUGCAACGAAAUCCCAACGGAGGUUCCAAAUAUAUAUAUUUAUAUAUAUAUAUAUAUAUAUGCAUCAUGUAAUUAGGGGAUACAAGUAGAAUCAGUUCCCACUUGUAUUUUCUAGUGCUUUUGAAAGCUUGUACCUAUAUUUAUAUAUGUAUGUAUCUCUUGAAAAUAAGAAAUGUGUUUGAU